ACUCUCUCCGAGACCGCAGUCGUACGCGGUAUCGCGCGUGCGCGUCCGAUUAUUAUUACUAUUAUUAUUGUUAUUUAUUAUUAUUAUUAUUACUAUUACUAUUACUGUCCGUGCUCUGUUAUUAAUAGCAUACCGCCGUAUGCAAAGGCGCGGGCACGACGUCUUUUAAUCGGUCUGACGCGCGCCACGUCGUAAACGCUCGCGCCGCAGCCGCCGCCGCGCUCGGCUGUACGUAAUUAUUAUACAUGUGUAUAUAUACGGUGAGUAAACUUUAACGGUAAACAUUUUCACGCACCAGCAGUGUACACACAUCGGCCGUGGCGGACGCGACGUUUCACUAUUCCGUCGGGACGACAAAAUCCUAUAAUAUAGUUUAAUGAUGGAGCAACAAUAUCCCGUUACUACAACAUCUACAACAAUGGAUGAAACACUGUUCGAAUAUAAAGGUGGAUUAGCAGAUGAUUUGAAGUUUCUCGCGGCUAUCCCAGAAGUGUGCGACGUUACAUUUUUAGUCGGUGAAACACGGGAACCGGUGUGUGCAGUUAAAGCAAUACUCGCGGCUAGAAGCCGAGUGUUUUAUAAAAUGUUAUAUGACACGAAUGGUAAACAACUACAACACCAACAACACUCAAUUGGAGGUAGUUCAUCGAAACGCAGUGGAGGCUUAAUAAAGCAAUUAUCUGGUGCCGCAAGUGGAAGUCAAAACUCUCAACAACAAAAUAGGUUGAGGAUGUUGUUAAAACGUAGUUCAGAACCAUUGAUUCAACACAACCAUCAACAACAGUAUCAAUCACGGCAACAGCAAAAAUCACCACCGAAUAGGAACAGCAUUAAGAACAAUAGCAAAAUGGCGGCUGCCGGAUCCAACGCCUCGACAUCUUGGUCGAAGUAUAAAAGAGGAAGUGCCGUCGGAACUGCAGCGGCAGCGAUAAGUAAUGUCGGGAGUGUAACAUCACCAACAAUAAUAGUAAUCGAAGAAUUCGAUGCCGACGUGUUCCGGCAGUUGGUAGAAUAUGUACACACUGGUUGUGUUACAUUACAACCACGGACGUUACUAGGCGUGUUGAAUGCGGCCGACUGUUACGGACUGGACGAGCUGCGGGCCGCCUGUACGGGUUUCGCCGACACGGGCGGCGGCAUCACCGUGGACACAGCUUGUGCGCUAUUGGCGUCUGCCGAACGUUACAUCCACUACAAGUGCACUAAAUCGCUGGUGCAAAAAGUGCUCGAGUUCGUAGAUGUGAACGGCGGACGCGUACUCACACUUGGAUCGUUCACAUUAUUGCCGCAACACGUGGUCCGACUUAUACUGUCACGGGACGAGUUACGAGCUGAUGAACUGACAAAAUUCCAGGCUGCGCUGAUGUGGGCGAAGAAAUAUGCCGCCGACGCUGCUGACAACAACAAUGCCGAUUCCGAAGACGCAGAUUGGCGUUCUCUGUUUAGGGAACACUUUGCGCCAAUCAUCCAAUAUCAUAAGAUCGCGGCGAGUGUAAUUUUAGAAGAAAUCAUGCCGUUAGGGGUGGUUCCUGACCGGGACUUACUGUCGGCGCUUGCUUAUCAGGCUGACCCGAACAGCGUGCGGUUGGACUCCAUCACUGGGGCCGGCGACCGGGAUCAGUUGCGGUGCGGUCGGCGCCGGACGCGGUCCAUGUCGGUGCAGAGCGGCGGUGCUGGCGGCGACGAGGACGACAUGCAGUCGGGCUAUCAUCAGGUGAGCGUCGCGGCCGGCCCGUCGACCACGUCCAUCAGCGGUGUCGGUCAUCAGCCAGCCGCCACGCCGACGUUGAGCAGCGGUGGCAGUGGCGGCAGCGCGGACGUCGUGGGCCGGCACAACCAACGGCCGCCGCCGCCCAGACGCCGGCGGCGCACCUCGUCGUCCGCGCACCAGCACCAGGGACAGCAAAAACCCCACCACCACCACCACCACCAUCACCACCAUCACUACCGCCCGCUCAACCGGCACAACCUGUCGUCGGACUCGACCAACAGCCGGAGUUGCUGCACGAGCGAUGACGACUCGGCGGACGACCUGACGUCGUCUUAAACGGGAACGCGCGCGCGCGCAGAUAGAUAACGAGCGACGACUCGCCCGACGUCGACCAACCGCCGCCGUGGCUUCUUCCCUGCAAUCGCAAUUCGCAAUACAGCUGUGCAGGAUUAUUGAAAACGAAUCAUCCGAAUAUGCACUUGUCUCCUCCACUCGAUCUUUGGCCGUGUGGCUAUACUGUUCUUCUGCGCAUAUAUGUAAAUACGACGAAUACGGGCACUUCGGCACUUGGACGUUGUCUCAUCCGUCUUACACGCGUACGACAUGGACAAAACGCGUUUACGCUGUCUGAGUAGAACUCGCUAAAUUUUGGUUCUGCAGCAUAAAUAUAUACCUAUUAUAAAAUUAAAAGAUGACAAUAUUUCGGAGGGCAAGACGCCGAGUUUAUUCCAUUAUUCCCGAUAAAACGUUCAUUGUAAUCGUUUAGAGUUAGCAACAAUUUCAACAUUUUUAAAUAACCUCGGCGUCUUGCGCUCCAAAAUAUUGCCAUCUGUUAAUUUUAUAAUAGGUAUGUUUACUCUAAAACCAAAAUUGAGCGAGUUCUAUUAGGAUUGCGUAAACGCGUUUUAUACAUGUACGUGUGUAAGACGGAGAUAACACAUGCGGGUGCGAUGUUCUCUUAAUAUAAUAUUCUUAGCUUAGUCCGUGCGGGUACGCGUACCGUCGUCGUUAUCCUCGACCGCUGUGGAAGAGCUAAAAAAUUAGCAGUCGAUUACCGCGUGACGGAUAUGCGUGGAAUGAAUGAAUUUUAGUUUCCGACUGCACAUUUGUGUUAUUCGGUCACACGAGCAAAUGAAUACUCACGUGGAAUAUUUAUAUAAGUGUACCAUUAAAUAAAUAUUCGAAACAUUACUACUAUUAUUCUAUUUUGAAUAUGUCGCAUAUUUAUAAUGGCUAUAUUAUGUUACUCUGAACCGAAAAACUAAAAAUAUUUAAAUAUUUUUAAUCGGAUGAAUCGUUUUGAAUAAUCCUGUACUAUACCCCAACCCUUAAAAUUACACGAAUCUAACUAUACAUUCGACGAUGUUAGAAUCUUUUUGUUACUUUUUUUUCCAUCAACAUUAUUUUUUUUGAUCUCGUUUAAUAUUAUUAUUUAGUUAUUUUCUUAUAUACUUCAUGUACAUUACACCAUUAACUGCCAUUCACCUCUGUAUGAAUAAAUUUUACAGUCAGCGUGGUAUGCAAUAAUUCCAGAGGGAAAGUAAUGAUUAUAUUAAAAUAUACAGAUAAGUUAGAAAAGUGCACUUUACGAGCUUGGCUCAUGGAAAUCGAAUACAUUUUUUUGCUUUAUAUAAAAUAACCAUUGAUUACAGCAAUAAUAUUUUAAAAAAAAAUGGUAUAGUCCAAUAUAAUUAGCCAAUAUACGUUAGCAUGAGAUUUUUUUUUUAAAUAGGGAAAAUAAUAUUAAAGAUCUGUUUGUCAUUAAAAUGUACGACAAAAAGCGUAUGUUUGUAGUUUAUACAUUAAACUAUAUAUAUAUUAGCUUAUUACUCAAAAACUACACGUUCAAUUCUGAAGAAAGUUUCAGAGAUUAGUUUCUUAGACAUAUCAGGAAAGUUUUGAAAGUAGUUUGGACCACCAUUGGAUAAUAUACUAUUUUGCUAUACCCAAUUCGCCACAAGCAGAUUGCCCAUCUCUAUCGUAUUAAUUCACAAGGUGAAGUAUACACAGAUACUGAUGCCAAUUUUCUCAUGAAAUAAGAUACACUAAAACCGAGAUAUGUGUUUCAUUAAAAUAUUUGUCAGAGAAACUUAAUAAAACGUAAUCUAUAUAAGUUUAUUUAGCGCGGUAAUAUUUGAUCAGUCAGUAAUUUUAACAUAACUGCUCUCUCUCUCUUUCUCUCUCUCUCAUCAUCUCUCUCUCUUUCUCUCUCACUCACUCUCUCUCUACUGACUACUAUAGUACUGUGUGCUCGCUAAAGACGACUUUUAGCUCGUAAUAUUAUUUAAUUAUAACUUAGAUUCGAUUACACUUCAAAUAUAAAAUAAAUUUAUUGCAGUAUCAACACAUUAUGAAAAUAACAAGGUUAUAUAUUUUAAAUAGUAACAAAGUCGUAAUAAGCUUAUAUGUUUAUAAAAAAAAAUUGUGAGUUUAUUAUUUACCUUUUUAAUCCUUUUAAAUCUGUGCAAUUAAAAAUUAAAUAAGCGUAGAAUAAAUAUUAUAUAUUAGUAUAAUUGUUAUAUGUAUGUAGAAUGUAGAUACCAUGUAUUUCGAAUCAAAAUUAUUAACUAUAUUAUAUUAUUUAAAAUUAUUUUUGUUUUUAUUAAAGAAAAUAAUUUAAUAAUGGAUUGUCGAAUUGUAAAAAGUUAGUUAAUUUACUUUCAAAUUAAUAUAGUAUACUGAUCAAAAGGAAAAUUUAAGCCAAUGAAAGAAGUAGUGUUGAAAUAGUGCAUACUCGUAUUAGAUAAUCUUUCAAAAAAUUAAUUUAAAAUAAAUAUAUCAUUGUUUUUAUGUAAACUCGUAUACUAUGAUAGGUAUGCACUGUACAUUGUAAUAAUGAUAUUAAUUAUACGAUAUCUUGCAUACUAAUAAAUUUAAAUAUUAAGAUAUAACGAAAUGCAAUAAAAUCCUAGUCUCAAAUAAUAUGGUGUAUAAUAUACACCAUUCACUGUAUAUUGUAGUAUGCACCAGAUCUUAAUGUUAUAAUAUAUCUGACUAUAGCUAUUAAAUGUUGUUAUUGUAUUCAUAAAAAAGAAAUAAAUAAAUUACUGGUAAAUUAAUAAUUUAUAUCAUGUAAUAUUUAUAAUAUGUGUAUUACUAAAAAUUACUUAUAUUAUGCUAUUUAUAAUACUUAUCAUAUCAUAUUAUGUAAACACCUACACGUAAAUGGGUAUUAUACACUAGUUUAAAUUAUCUAUAUAUUAAUUAGUUGU